CUGCCGUCUUCUUCCUGUGCCCGCUCGCCUUAUGAAGAUUGUGUUGUCAUCUGACACUGCCUGGAGGAUUGAAGCCGCAUCGCGUGAUUAAUCAAACCAUGCUGGUGUAUCUACUUUGUCAGCAAGCCCAUGUACUAGGUCCCGAUGACCACUGUCCAAUCAACCGACAAGCCUGUCCCCCUUCGCCCGUCUUUUUCUCAUUCACAGAGCUGGGGGCUCUCUUCUGCACCAAUUCCCAGGGAAGUGGUCACCGCACCUCCAUGGGCAAACGAACCUCCGUCGCCAAUCGAGCACGCCACAGACGGUGACCUUCACGGCUCUGUGAAUUUUAUGGUUCAUCGAUCUUCAACGUCUACAUCUUCUCUUGGGAGAUUAACCGGCCACGGAGUAGAGCGUCGUUCCCGGUGGUUCGCUUUCGCUCGUCCACAUUUCGGGGGUACGACCAGUCCCCCACGAUAUGGAGCUGCCUCCUUUACCUGGGCAGCCCCGGGUUCCUCACACCACAAUGGAAAAACCUCAGACGAUGUUUCGCCCGGCUUCCCCGCGAUCACGUCCCCUGAAUCACAUCGUGCCACGCCAUCAAGCAGCCCAAUGCUCAAUACAAACCGGAUACCACAAGUGGAGUCUCGAUCGAACAGUCAAGGCGACUAUUCUCAACUCGACAGGGGUUUGAAUGCACGAUGUGAUGAUGAGUCAGGGGUUGAGAGGUUGACAGCUAGCCGCUCAAAAAAGGGGAUCAGAGCUUUCAUACUUUACAAGCACAUACGUCCCCUUAGUACAUUCAUCAAUAUUACCUUCACCACUGCCACAUUGGCAUUGGCAGUACAUAUCCGGGGGCUGGAGAUGCGCUAUGGAGUGAGGGGUGUACUUGGAAGCUCACCGACACUUGUAAUAAUGUUUGCUCCCCUGACACUUGUUCAUGUCAUGGUAGCUGUAUAUCUUGAGUACUUCGGCCGGCCACUUGGGUUAUGGCGCACAUCGGGGAAGCUCGCCCACACGCUUUGGGAAGUGUGCUUCAUCUGCGCAUGGUCUGCAGCCCUGUCCCUUUGCUUUGAUAACUUCUUCACUUCCCCUAUCCCCUGCGCGUCUGCCCAAAGUAUUGCGUGGUACAGUCAACUACAGAGACCGACGUCCCAGGUUUCGGGUCUUAGCGCUGAAGAAGGAAGCAUAGGAGACACUCUAUGCGACAGUCAACUCGCAUUGAUCUUCUUUGUCGGCAUUAGCCUCAUCACGUACUGCAUUAACCUUGUCAUCAGUCUUUUUAGAAUUUUCGAGAAGGUCAAAUAUCAUGCAGGUAUUCGCCCACGUACAUCGUAACAGGCUCUUCAUUGGGCGUAGUUUAACACUUUGUUUGAGUUAUCUUACAUACGUUGCUUGACUAACCUCGAAACUGUACA